UCAAGUUUAUCGGGCUCCUUAGUUUAGUCGAACAAAAUCGCGCGGCGACAAGCGUGAAAAAUCGCCAGGCAGCAGAGCAAAUACUCAGCAGGAAAAACUGAACACAACGAAAAGGAAAUAAUAUCCUUCAGGGCAAAGAGUUCCUCUCAUCAUAAAUAAAUAAGACGAGAAAAUGGUUUUGCCUCAUUCAUAAACCUAAAAACCCGGACAGGGUCGCCGAUCAACGAAUAAUUAAACGGAAUACUUAGGACCCCAAGGAGCAUUCUAGCAGGCAUGCCGGAGGAGAAGGACGCCAGCCUGGAGAACGGCCAGGCGACGGCCACUUCGACGCCCAGCAAACCGAAGGCGCAACGCCUGAAGACAACCGCCCGUCGUCGGCAAAACGACAGCGAUGUGGCCGGUGGCGUGGGGAUUACCGGCGGCGGAGUCGUAAUCCUGCCACAGCACGUACUUAACGAACUCUACCACAACUACUCCAUCAAACAACGCCGCAGCGGACUAAAGUGGUUCCUCUUCGCGGCCGUUCUGUUCAAUAUUUGGACCAUCGGAAUUCCCUGGGAUCAGGCGGUGCCAACGAGAGUUGUCAACUGCUGUAUGCUGGUGGCGUACUUAGCUCUAACAGCUCUCCUUCACAUUGGACGGCGUUCCGAUAAACCGGCAUUAAGGCGUUUUCACCAAAUACUACUGACGAUUGUGCCACGGGCUCUGUGGUUGCUGAGCAUUCUUCACUUAGCCGCCUAUGUUACCCUACAGCCUAGCUUCUCUCCAAGAGACAUUCUUGGCUGGGCUAUUUUGCUUAACUUCCUGGUCUAUGUAACGCUGCCGUUGCCAUUGAUUUUCCUAGGUCUGUCGAUUGGAUGUAUUACGUAUCUUAUUUGUCUUAGCCUGCCCCUGGGUUACUAUAGCUGGGACUCGCUGCUUUCGAAUCAGGUGGCGGCCAAUGCUGUUUUAAUAGCCACAGCCGCCUUGAUAGGGCUCUUGUACUACUUUAUGGGCGAGGCCAAGCAGAAACGAGCUUUCCUCGAGGCCAAAAAGAGCCUCGAAGUGAAAAUGGUCAUCGAGGAACAGUCGGCCGAACAGGAACGUUUGCUGUUGUCUGUGCUGCCAAAGCAUGUGGCCAUUAAGAUGCGAGAAGAUUUGGGCUCAUCUAGUUCGGAGGCAUUCAAAAAGAUAUACAUGAGUCGGCACGAGAAUGUGAGCAUACUAUAUGCGGAUAUCGUUGGUUUUACCGCCAUCUCGUCUACGUAUAGCGCCCAAGAUUUGGUUAAAAUGCUUAACGAGCUCUUCGCACGCUUCGAUAGGCUUGCCGAGAAAUAUCAACAAUUGCGCAUUAAGAUUCUUGGCGACUGCUAUUAUUGCAUUAGCGGUGCCCCCGAUGAGCGUCCAGAUCACGCCGUCAUGUGUGUGCACAUGGGACUUUCUAUGGUGAAGGCCAUCAAGUAUGUGCAGCAGAAGGCCAACUCACCUGUUGAUAUGCGUGUGGGAAUUCACACGGGAGCUGUACUCGCCGGCAUUCUCGGCCAGCGGCAGUGGCAGUUUGACGUUUACUCCAAGGACGUAGAGCUGGCUAAUAAAAUGGAAUCGAGUGGCAAGGCUGGUCGCGUUCACAUUUCGGACAAAACAUUGGCAUUCCUCAACGGCGAGUUCGAAGUGGAGGCCGCUUUUGGAGAAAAACGGGAGGAGCUGUUGCGCAUCGCUGGUCUCAAGACCUAUUUCAUCACUAAGGUGGUUAAACCGUUUGCAUCGCCUUGUGCAAAAAAAAUCAAUGAAACCCAAGCGGAAAACUCUCAAGACAGUCCUAAUGGAUCGACCAAUGAUGUCGUGGCAGGUGAAGAUGAUAACGAUGCUACAUUGGACGACGAGGAGCUACUGGCGCAGAAUGCUGUAUCCAAUUGCCAUCAAACAGCGGUGACUGAAGAUGAAGAAGAGCAGGUGAAAUUGGAGAACUUUAAGCAAAGAUUGAAAGACGAACUUGUGACACGCGAUGGACACGAGAACCUUACCAAGGACACAAACAUAUUCCUGCGCUUUAAAAACCCACAAUUGGAGCAAUCGUACGCCGUGUAUAGAGAGCCGUACAGUUCACUUCCGCUCCUUGCCGCUCUGCUGGUGCAGUGUAUCGACGUAUUGUACUCGUAUUUAAUUCUGCCACGAUCUACGCUUCACUUCAUCAACAUUGCUGCGCCUUUGGUUCCAAUCGCCAUGCUGGUUGUGAUCAGCAUUGCGGAGAGCUUCAGCGGUAUGCUGCCCAAGUUUUUCGUGGACGUGAGCAAGCGUUUCAAUGACAUUACCUUCGUUCGCGAGCUGGCCGCCAUAAUUAUUGCACUCACUAUUGGCCUCAGUAAUGUCAUCGACAUGUUCUUCUUCGUCACCUUCGUGCGGACUGAGCAUAUUGUUAGUGAAAGCGAAUUCAAUGCCACGGCCGGCAUGGAGAGCGAGAUGGACGUGGACGAGGAAGGGGUUGUCACCGCAGAGCACCUGCUGCCCGCUUCAUUCGUCGAACAAAUGCGCGAGGCAGUGCCCACGGAACAAGUUCUAUAUCCGUCCUACUUAAGUAAUUUUGGUGUUCUCAUAUUGAUUGCUAUCGCCGUGAUUGCCCAACUUACGCAUCUUACGAAAAUCUUGCUGCUCUUGUCCAUUGCAGCUCUGCAUUGUUACUUCAAUAUAUUCAUUAUGCAGGACCUAUAUGGUCUGGAGGAUGAUUUUGCACAUCAACCUAUCAUAUCUACGAGAUAUUGCGCUUCAGGACUUUUGCUGGUGGCUGCUUUGGCGUUAAGCACAUUGGCCAGACAUAUGGACCACGAGGACAGGGUUAUAUUCAAAUGGAAAACCGAGGUGGCCGAGCAGAAGGAGACCGCUAACGACAUGCGACAGCGUAACGAGGCUUUGGUUUAUAAUGUGCUACCUGUUCAUGUGGCAGAGCAUUUCAUGAAGAACACCAAACGCUCCCAUGAUGAUCUCUACUCCCAGAGUUAUGCUGAAGUGGGUGUUUUGUUUGCCAGUAUGCCAAACUUUUCAGAUUUCUAUUCCGAAGAAACGGUAAACAAUCAGGGCUUGGAGUGUCUACGUUUUCUUAAUGAGGUUAUCUCAGAUUUUGAUGCUUUGUUAGAACUGCCACAGUUCCAGGACAUCAUUAAAAUCAAAACCAUUGGCUCCACGUACAUGGCCGCCAGUGGCAUAAAUCUGCAAAGGAACCUACGUAAUGACGCCCCCAUUACUGAACGCUGGUCCCACCUUGCAGUUUUGGUAGAGUUUGCAUUGGAACUGAAACACGCCCUGCAAGGUAUCAACGAACAGUCGUUCAAUCACUUCGUCCUAAAGAUGGGCAUCAAUCAUGGACCGAUAACGGCGGGAGUUAUUGGAGCACGUAAGCCGCACUAUGACAUCUGGGGUAACACAGUGAACGUGGCAUCGCGCAUGGAGAGCACAGGCAAGGCUGGCGCCAUUCAGGUCACCGAGGAAACAUGCAAUAUUCUACAGCCUUUCGGUUACACAUUCCUGCAGCGCGGUCUGGUGGCUGUCAAAGGAAAGGGACAGUUAAUGACCUACUAUUUGCAGGGUAAAUCCCAAGCGAAUGUAGAGCCAGUUGCGCCUGCAGCCAUUGAGCUUCAUGGACAGGAAUCAUCUGGUCUAGAAUCCACCACCGAACUGGAGGGCUCGGACAUAAAGACGCCACUGCUAAAGAUUAAGGUCCAGGAGGCAUCAGGGGGCUGUGAGCGGAUCGACCAAGAGCAGAGUUUGGGAAAUGGCAGUGCUGGCCAAGCGGGGGUGGGGGAAUCUCAAUCUUUGCUAGAAUAAUUGGCUUUUGAUCUUAUUUGCACUUGAGUCUGUAUGAGAGUGUGUCUAUGUGUGGUUGCGAGUGUAGCAUGCAUGCGUGUGUGGCUGUUAGAAAACAAUAGUUAAAUGUUAUGGAAGCUGUUAUACUUGCUAUAAAAUUGGUUUUGCCUCAGUAUUUGUGUGAUAUUCUAUGCCAGAUGCAGAAAUUAAAGAAACAAAAAAUCAACAUUCCAAAAUUAGUUAUAUUUAUAAAUUUGAUUUACAAAUGUUUUUAAACUGUGUACCUAACAAAAUAAAAUAUAUUUAACUUUUAAAUAAGUUUGACUUCGAAUCAGUAUUCUUGGUUAUGGAAAAUCAGUUUUUGUUUCAAACGAAAUUGUUAUCUCAUUUCCUAGAACCGUAAAAUAUAAGAGAAUAACUUUGCUUUACAAACUAAUUGAUGUGUAGUUUAGUAUGUCAAGAAAAAACAAUAUUGCAUCUCAAUGUGUAAAAUAUGAAUAUGCGCAUACACUAUGGAAUACAUAUAAGUAAAAAGUCCUAGUGUCAUAAUUAUAUGAAGAUAAUAUUAGUUGAGAAUCCGAAUCCCACCACAAAUGCAACCCACAAAUCAGUCCAAAUAGCGAACAAAACUAACUAUAAUGAAUUAGUUAACGAAAUUAAUUAAAUAUAAAAAAUGAAAUAGAAGUCAAGCAAAAAAAAAUUAUCCUUGGCAUGCGUUUUUGGAGGCCCGCAACCAAUAUAUAAACCUAAUGUAUAGAAACAUAUACAUAGAUGUAAAAAACUUAUAAAUGGCAUAGCAUGCUUAUUAGAACAUUUCAACGAAUUAGCAAAGAAACAACAAACGAACUUACUUACCAAGAAUAACGAAACACACAAAACUUAAGUAACUUGAUCUAAAAUCGGUUUUAUGCGUAUGUCCAUCAACCACUACCCUCUGUUACAUUUUUUUUUUGAUGGCCAAAGCAUGACAAUCAAGAUGAGAAAAACGGUAAAUAUAAUUAUAUUGAAAAUUAUUCAAGUUUUUUCCACUGGUUACUAAAACACAGAAAAACCGUUGCUAAAAUAAAGGUUAUUUUGAAAUUUUAUUAUUUCUUUUUAAUUUUGUCGUAAACAUUUUUUGUUAUUCGAGGUAUGGCCAUAAAAGCAUAUGAGACUUCUUAUCAUUUAAAAAAAACGAACUAAAAAGUAACUAUAAAUUUAAAAACAAGAUACUAAAAAAUUAGCAAAUUAUAGAGAAAUAAAAAAAAAUAACAACUUU